AUGACCGAAAAACUACCAGAUUCAGACAACAUAAACGAUACGUGGGCUUUUGUUGAGCCCGGGUUAUCGACAAUUCUCGGAGAUGAUCUCAGUGCAGAUCUCGGCAUUCGCAUGUACACCAACAUAUACACUGCAAUCUUUGACUAUUGCACCACUAGAUCGCGUGAGCAGAACGAAGCAGGCCGAAUUGAGCUUGUGGGCGGAGAGAUUUACAAUCGGCUGCGGAAGUUUCUUAUCCGCUACGUUCAGGAGAUGAGCAAGAGCAGUAAUGAGACGUUUUUGCACUUUUACGUCAGGCGGUGGAGGAGGUUCAUCAUCGGAUCAGAGCGUUUGGCCGAUGUUAUGGACUAUCUGAACAGGUUCUGGAUCCCCAAAGAAAAGGCCGCCGGAAGAGGCGAUAUCUACGAUGUUAACACACUGUGUCUCUUGACAUGGAGAGACUAUGUUUUUGAUGAGCACCAGGAGGAAUUGGUGAGGGAGAUCUUGGAUAUCAUCGAAGAUCAGAGAUUAGGCAAGGCUGGGGUCAACACCGAUAUCCAGGUUGCUAUUAAAUCUUUUGUUUCGCUUGGAUUUGAGCUUUCUGACUUCAGAAAGAAGAACUUGUCGAUUUACAUGAGCGCAUUUGAAACGCCGUUUUUGCGUGAGACGGAGAACUUUUAUCGCAAGGAAUCCAGGGAGUUUCUCCAGAACAACUCCGUGGUGGAUUACAUCACCAAGGCGGAGGCGAGGUUGUCGGAGGAAAACACUCGUAUCACUGCAUUACUGGAUGACCACACCAAGAAGCCUCUCAAUCACUGUCUCAACAACGUUUUGAUUUGGUCACAUUCGGAGGAGAUCAACGCUCAAUUACAUCCGCUGCUGGACCAGGUAAGACUGGACGACGUCAAGAAAUUGUAUGGUUUACUUUCCAGGGUUCCUACCACCCUCGAGCCUUUGCUCAACAAUUUUGAAGACUACGUCAAACAGCAGGGCCUGAAGGCCAUUGUCGAACUCAAGGCCAAAAUCGACGCUGCCGAGCCUGUUAAGGGCAGAAAGCCCGAGGUUGAUGCUGGAUCAUACAUCCGCACCAUGGUGAGCGUCUACAAUAAGUUUGCCAACGUUGUGGCCACAUCGUUUGGAUUCAGCGACUACUUUGUCAAGUCGCUUGAUACAGCAUGUUCUGCUUUCAUCAACGUCAAUGCCAUCGCCAUUCCCAACCCAAGAGUCCCAUCGCGGACCUCUGACUAUCUGGCCAGAUACGCCGACGAAAUGUUGAAGAAGAAGAAUGACGCCGAGAGAAGCAGCACCAUGAACAUCGAAGAUCUCAUGACCGUGUUCAAGUUCCUGUCUGACAAGAAUGCAUUUGAGAUCAGAUACCGCAGACUGUUGGCCAAAAGACUGCUUUCGCCCACGACAAACGAGGAGGACGAAGAAGAAAUUAUACAGAGAUUGAAGGAUGUUAGUGGAGGAGAAUACACCCAUAAGAUGACGUUGAUGUUUUCAGAUAUCAAAAACUCGAAGGAUUUGCGGGUCUGGUUCUACGAGACUGUCAAGACUGACCCCAUUGCCGACCAAAUUAUCCCCGAUUUUGAGAUGAAUGUUUUGGGCCAAAACUCGUGGCCAUUCUCGCAGUUCAAAGAAGCGUUCAUUCUGCCGGAUGAGUUCCUUCCCACAGUACAGAAGUUUGAGGAUCUCUACAAGGAGAAGCACAGUGGUAGAGAGCUCAAAUGGCUUUGGAACCUUUGUAAAGGUGAGCUCAAGGCAAGGCUCUCGAAACCUGGAAAACCUCCUUUUAUCUUCACAGUGACACUUUUCCAGAUGGCUAUCAUCUUGAGAUUCAACGAAAAAGAUACAUUGUCAGCGGAGGAACUGCUGGAGGCCACAGGCUUAACACCGGAGAUAUUCGCCAUCAAUGUUGCGCAGUUAAUAAGAGGAAGAUUGCUUAUCCAAUCUCCCGAGGGCCCAGAAAACAUCUCGAAGCCAUCCACAAAGUACACGAUAGUCAAAGACUACAAGAACAAGCGAGUCAAGGUGAAUUUUGCGCUCGGAGUCAAGGCCGAUGUCAAACAGGAGAGCGACGACACCACCAAGGAGAUCGAUGAAAGUCGCAGAUGGUGGCUGAAGGCAUGUGUGGUGAGACUGAUGAAGUUUAAGCACAAGCUCACUUACAACGAGCUGAUCUCGGAGGUUAUUCUCCAGUCUGCCAACAGGGUUCAGCCAGAGAUCAAGGAGAUCAAGCAGGUGAUAGAGGGCCUGAUCCAAGACGAUUAUCUUGGUCGUCUGGAUGAUGGAACUACCUUACAAUAUCUAGCAUAA